AUGGCGGUGGCGGCGGCCGCGGCUUCCCGGCUGUGGCUCUGGGCUGCCCUGCUUAUCCCUGCGGCCGCGGUCUACGAAGACCAAGUGGGCAAGUUUGAUUGGAGACAGCAGUAUGUUGGGAAGCUCAAAUUUGCCUCUUUGGAAUUUUCCCCUGGAUCGAAGAAGUUGGUUGUGGCCACAGAGAAGAAUGUGAUUGCAGCAUUGAAUUCUCGGACUGGGGAGAUCUUGUGGCGCCACGUUGACAAGGGCUCGGCAGAAGGGGUGGUGGACGCCAUGCUGUUCUGCGGGCAGGAUGCAAUCACUGUGUCCAAUGGAGGCCGGAUCAUGCGCUCCUGGGAGACGAACAUCGGGGGCUUGAACUGGGAGGUUACCCUGGACAGUGGCAGUUUCCAGGCCCUCGGGCCGGUCGGCCUGCAGGAGGCGCUGAGGUACGUUGCGGUCCUGAAGAAGACCACGCUUGCCCUUCAUCACCUCUCCAGUGGGCACCUGAAGUGGGCGGAACACCUCCCGGAGAGUGACAGCAUCCACUACCAGAUGGUCUAUUCCUGCGGCUCGGGGGUCGUGUGGGCCCUCGGAGUCGCCCCCUUCAGCCAUGUGAACGCUGUCAAGUUUAACGUGGAAGAUGGAGAGAUCGUUCAGCAGGUCAGGGUGUCAACCCCCUGGCUGCAGAGUCUCACCGGGGCCUGUGGUGUGGUGGACGAGGCUGUCCUGGUGUGCCCCGACCUAAGCUCGCGGUCCCUGCAGACCUUGGCCCUGGAGACAGAGUGGGAGCUGAGGCAGAUCCCGUUGCAGUCUCUUGACCUAGAAUUCGCAAGUGGAUUCCAACCCCGGAUCCUGCCCACGCAGCCCAGCCCGGUGGAUCCGUCUCGGGCACAGUUCUUCCUGCAGUUGUCCCCAAGCCACUAUGCACUGCUGCAUUAUCACCACGGCGUCCUGAGUCUGCUCAAAAACUUCCCGCAGGCUGCCCUGGUGAGCUUCGCCACCACUGGAGAGAAGACAGUGGCUGCAGUCAUGACCUGCCGGAACGAGGCGAAGCCCAGCGUUUCUGAAGAUGGGUCACCUGGGAGCUUUUCGGAGAAGCCUGGUCCCCAGGACUCACUGGCUUGCUUCAACCAGACCUACACCAUCAACCUCUACUUAGCGGAGACAGGCCGGCGGCUGCUCGACACGGCGAUCACCUUCAGCCUGGAACAGAACGGCACUCGGCCGGAGCGGCUAUACAUCCAGGUCUUCCUGAAGAAGGAUGACUCCGUGGGCUACCGGGCCUUGGUGCAGACACAGGAUCACUUGCUGCUUUUCCUGCAGCAGCUGGGGAGGGUGGUGCUGUGGAGCCGCGAGGAGUCCCUGGCUGAGGUGGUGUGCCUGGAGAUGGUGGACCUGCCGCUGACCGGGGCGCAGGCGGAGCUGGAAGGGGAGUUUGGCAAGAAGGCAGACGGCCUGCUGGGCAUGUUCCUGAAGCGCCUGUCCUCCCAGCUCAUCCUGCUGCAGGCCUGGACCUCCCACCUCUGGAAAGUGUUUUACGAUGCUCGGAAGCCCCGGAGCCAGAUCAAGAAUGAGAUCAACAUUGACACUUUGGCCAGGGAUGAAUUCAACCUCCAGAAGAUGAUGGUGAUGGUGACGGCCUCGGGCAAGCUCUUCGGCAUCGAGAGCAGCUCUGGCACCAUCCUGUGGAAGCAGUAUCUCCCGAACGUGACGGCAGGCUGCUCCUUCACGCUGACGGUCCAGCGGACGACCGCGCACUUCCCCCAGCCGCCCCAGUGCGCCCUGCUGCUGCGGGAUGGGGAGACGGGAAUGAGUUCGCUCUAUGUCUUCAACCCCAUUUUCGGGAAGUGGAGCCAGGUGGCGCCCCCCGUGCUGAAGCGCCCCGUCUUGCAGUCUCUGCUGCUGCCCAUCAUGGAUCAGGACUAUGCCAAGGUGCUCUUGCUGAUAGACGACAAGUACGAGGUCACAGCCUUCCCAGCCACUCGGAAUGUCUUGCGGCAGCUCCAUGAGCUCGCCCCUUCGAUCUUCUUCUACUUGGUGGACGCGGAUCAGGGGCGGCUGUGCGGAUAUCGGCUCCGGAAGGACCUCACCACUGAGCUGAGCUGGGAGCUGACCAUCCCCCCGGAGGUGCAGCGCAUUGUGCAGGUGAAGGGCAAGCGCAGCAGUGAGCACGUGCACUCGCAGGGCCGCGUGAUGGGGGACCGCAGCGUGCUCUACAAGAGCCUGAACCCCAACUUGCUGGCUGUGGUGACGGAGAGCACGGAUGUUCACCACGAGCGCACCUUCAUCGGCAUCUUCCUCGUGGACGGGGUCACGGGGCGCAUCAUCCACGCCUCCGUGCAGAGGAAGGCCAGGGGCCCUGUCCACAUCGUGCACUCAGAGAACUGGGUGGUGUACCAGUACUGGAACACCAAGGCCCGGCGCAACGAGUUCACGGUGCUGGAGCUUUAUGAAGGCACGGAGCAGUACAACGCCACGGCCUUCAGCUCCCUGGACCGCCCGCAGCUGCCCCAGGUCCUGCAGCAGUCCUACAUCUUCCCGUCCGCCAUCAGCGCCAUGGAGGCCACCAUCACAGAGCGGGGCAUCACCAGCCGCCACCUGCUCGUUGGGCUGCCUUCUGGAGCGAUCCUUUCCCUCCCUAAGGCCUUGCUGGAUCCUCGCCGCCCUGAGAUCCCAACAGAACAAAGCAGAGAGGAGAACCUGAUCCCGUAUUCUCCAGACGUGCAGAUCCACGCAGAGCGGUUCAUCAACUAUAACCAGACAGUUUCUCGAAUGCGAGGUAUCUACACAGCUCCCUCGGGCCUGGAGUCCACUUGUCUGGUCGUGGCGUACGGUUUGGACAUUUACCAGACUCGCGUCUACCCGUCCAAACAGUUCGACGUCCUGAAGGAUGACUACGACUAUGUGCUCAUCAGCAGCGUCCUCUUUGGCCUGGUCUUCGCCACCAUGAUCACGAAGAGGCUGGCGCAGGUCAAACUCCUGAACCGUGCCUGGCGAUAA